AGUAAUGGGCCGUGCAGCGUACAGUAGGGAAGUAAAGACACUUCCUCCUUCCUACCUCACUGGUUGCUCACACUCCUCUCUGCAUAGUAGGAAGUCUGGUUUUCGUGGCAAUGGAGAUCCUCAAGCUCGUCGCCUGUUGACUCCUCUUGGUUUUCUUAGUCACAAAUGUCACCGGGUUUAAGCAGAGAAACCGAUCAGCUGUUAAACUGUGUUCAACUCGCCUGAGCUCAGCCCUUUAUUCCGCCACAAUGGCUGCGACGUAGCGCAACUUUUUGGAUCCACGGUGGAUGAACGAGGGCGCUCCGGGGCGCAGCCAACUUUUACAGACUUUUAGGGAGAGACAAAGGAGAGGAAAAGAUGAAGAAACAGUUUAACCGCAUGAAGCAACUCGCCAACCAGACUGUUGGAAGGUAAGCGUUGAUUUAAACCUCUAUGCUGCAUGUUUGUGUCAUUUAUAAUCCUGCUCUGUGGUUCCUUCUCACAGUUUGACAGUUUGUUGUAGUCCAUCAUCCGUCUUCUUCAGGGUUGGGCUGGGUUUAAACCUGAUAAGUACCUGUAGAGUUGGCUGCUCAUGUCAGAAUGUCACUUUGGUAAUCUCCUCUAGUCGACUAGACCUUUAUUUGUUUGAUUGAAUCGAUUAACUGAUUCAUCGACUGUAUCAAGAAAAGCUCCGUUUUGACAAAAAUGGCUUUAAAGGACAUAAACUGUGCAAAAGCAGCAGAUUCUCAAUAAUUACAUGCAAGAACUAGAAGAUAUAUUUGCAGGGCUCUCAAGUGUUGAACUAAGCUUAGAGUGAGAUUUCCUUGGGGGGGGGGGAGUAUAAUUAUCUCUUAAAUACAACGGAGUAUAAGGGGCAUAAUUAGAAAAAAAGCGCCUUUUAAUCUCAAAGAAUAAAGUUAUUAUUUUGUGCAAAAGCAGCAGAUUCUCAAUAAUUACAUGCAAGAACUAGAAGAUAUAUUUGCAGGGCUCUCAAGUGUUGAACUAAGCUUAGAGUGAGAUUUCCUUGGGGGGGGGGGGAGUAUAAUUAUCUCUUAAAUACAACGGAGUAUAAGGGGCACAAUUAGAAAAAAAGCGCCUUUUAAUCUCAAAGAAUAAAGUUAUUAUUUGGGAGAAUAAAGUUAUUAAUAUCUCAGUAUUAAGUAGUAAAGUUACCUGUUGUGAAGGAGAGUUGUUAAAAUCAGCACUGUGGAACAUUUAGAUGAAUUGUACUUUAGUAUAGGUGUCACAAACAUGGAGAUACUUAAUCCUUUGGUACAUGAGCAUUACACUGUCAUGAGUAUCAGAACUUAUAUUUGAGAUAUAUGAGAAAUGCUGCUUUUGCGGAGGGGAAAAUGGCUGGAAAUGGCUGUACAGAGACUAAAUCCGUCAAUACAGCUGUUAAUAGCAAUAGCAUAGGGCUUUAGUUUAUCAUAUGAGUUUAUAUGCCAUGAGGUGUUGAGAUCUCUGCAUGUGUAGGUUACUGACUUACUGUAAUCAUCGGGUCUAUCUCGUCCUUAUAAAUAACCUGCUCUAUUACGGCGAGUGUCUGUCUUCUUCUGUAGUCAAACCGCAAGAUAUCAAAAUCUUCCCGGAUACAGCAAUGCUCCUUUUUGAUUGGCUGUUCAGUAGAUAUACUUUAUUUGAUUGGCUUGCGCGUGGCACGCAGCUUCUGAACUCUCGGAGAAACUCAGUUGAUUCCUACCUGUUCCAUAGUUAAAGAGGUGCAACAUGGUGGACAUCACCGUGUUCAUUUAAAUGCGUGAGAAAUACAAUGUGUGGCGUGUGAGCGUGUGAACGGGUGGAAAUGCGUGUGUCUCACGCUGAUUGCGUGAGACUUGAGAGCCCUGUAUUUGCAAAAGUGUAUUUUUCACAAGUGAAGUUUGGAUCUAUUAAUCGAUUAAACAUUCACUUAACCUGAAGGCAGACUUCAGGGUUUGCAGGACCCCUUUUCACUUCUGGUCUUUACACUGUGAGAUGUUAUUUUAGAGUCAUUGUAGACUGCAGCACACAUUUCCUGAUGUGUGUUUAUGGCAGUUUUCGACCCCCCUGAUACACAAACACACAAACACAGUAUUUACACCCCCUCCUCUCCAUUCCCUUCAUCUCCGUCCCCACAGGGGCUUCCAGCCUCUAUCAGCAGCCAUCUCUGAGACCAUAUCUCCAGUUAUUGCUGCAUUAAUGUCGUCUGCAGAUGAUGCCCUCCGAGUUAUGUCCCUUUCAAAAUGACUUUCCGACCAGUAAAACCCUGCAGCCGCUGGAUUCCUCCACACAUUCCUCCAUAUGUUGUGUAAGAGCAGUAAAACCAAACCGAGCAGAGUGACAGCUUGCUUUGCAGAGAGGCAGGAGUGUUUGGACUUUUGUGGCUUUUCUGCGAGGAGAGUUUAACAUGCCAGGAAAUCCCUCUGGUGCUUUUUGCACCGCUGCAUGACUAAAACAAAGUGGGAGUUUAGAUUUUCUAUAAAAAGCGGUCCAGAUCCGCAGUAUUGGGUUUUAUAUAGAGGUGGUUGGAGUGGAAAUGUGCGGUGAAGGAUCACUGAAGACCUCAGGGGUCAAAUAGUGAGUUUGAUUUCAUAACUGGUUAAACUAUUUAUAGUUUAUUAAAAGUCAUAUAAGGCCAACAACCUAAAACAAAAAUAUAUUCUUCUUUUUACUACUUUUCUUCUUUUUUUUUUGAUUUCCCUGCAAAUUACUUCUGCUAAACAUCUGUUAAAGCUCCUGUGAGGGACUUUUGACUCAAAACAGGGCGCAACUUUCAAUUUUGGUGCCCCCUUUUGAAAAAGUAGACUUCAUUUGAUUUUUUCUACCUGUUCAGGUGACAUCUACCCUAAUACUUCAGUUUCAGGCAUUAAAAAUUAGAGUAUAAGAACCAAAAAUCAUUACGCUGAUGGACUUGUUUCCUAAGGAAUAUAGUAAAUAUGAAUUUCAGUCCUCCUUACAUGAGCUUUAAUGCCUCUAUUCCUUGUGUAGAUCUGUUUCGUAGAUGGAGCUGUGAUCAAAUAAUCAAUAAAAUAGAUUUUUCUUUAUUUUUAAAUGAAGAUAAGAACAAGUCAAAGUAAAAACACAAAAGGUAGCCGCACAACUAUCUCCUUAUCCACGCUUUCUGCACAAGACUCGCUCAGAAAUGGGGUUAUGAUUGUGGCACAGCUGUCACAGUUUGCAUCUACAAUAGUUUGAAGAAGAGGUUGUAAGCUGCCCUGAUUAAAAAGAAAAACUUAAAGCAUCCUUGCGUUGUCUUGUGCUAGAUAAUUCCCCCCAAACAGGGUUCGGAGAAGUCCUCUACCCCCUCCUUCUUUAUUUUGGAUGCUCCCAAAUCAUACUUCAGUGAUUAUGACUCUCUUAUGUGAUUGCUCUUUCUCUCUUUCACAACCCAGUGGAUCUCUGCAAGCGUUGUUUUGGUUCUCUGUUUGGCACAGGAAGGGCCCGGCAUGGAGGCCCUUUUUUUUUUGUGGAGUAAGCAUUUCCACAGUUUGUUGACAGGGACACAGCGGAGGGCCGGGGGACGUCACGCACGCAGAGACACAGAGAGAGAAAGAGAGAGAGGGAGAGGGUGUUUUGACAAAAGAGGAAGCCAGUUUGAUUUACAUGUGAUUAAUAAAGGGGAAGCAGUUUGAUUCAGUCGCAGAUUGGCGUGAUGGGUGAGGGUGGUAGAGCUGGUGAGACAUGCGUGCUAUAGUGGAGCACUUUGCAGAAUCAAGACUCUAAUCUGGGGUGAAGAUGCAGGCAGUCAAGCCUCAUAUAAAAACAUGAAAUAAGCAGGUUUCUUCGUCAGUUAGAGAGUCUGUUUUUGGAGCGCUCCGUUCCUGUUCGGCUCUUUCUUUCUGUGGCGUUGUGCUCCAAGUUUUCUGUCAGGGUAUGGGCUCCAGCAUUGUGGGAGUUUAUUUUUAGAACAAUAGCAGGGCCAAGCUGUGCUCCAGUCAAAUCAAUGCUAAUUCACUAUUGAUAGGAAUCUAAACAUGCUCCCUGAGAGUGAAGCCUGACGUGUAAUGGGAUCAUAUGGAUCAGCGUGAAGGCAUCCCAGCUGCAGAUCAUAUUUCACGCCUUCAUAUAGUGUACGGGCGAUAAAUAAAACCCUUUAACUGGAAGAGAGACGAGCUGUGAUUGUGAGAAUAAGUAGGAAGCUUAUCAGCCGCCUGCUGAAAAUUCAAUUUAUUUUUUCCUCAUUUUUUUUCUUCACUCUUUUUUAAACAUCAAUCAAGAGUUUCCUCUUUUCUUGGAAGGUCCUCUGCUGCUCAGGAAGUCUGAAACAUGUGACGUAUAUUAGCGGGAAGUGAGCAGGGACCAAAACUUCAGGAUUUAUAUGGUUUGUAAGUAGGUUCUGUCUGGUUAAAGUAGUAACCAGGAAUUCAAUGUUAACUAGGAAGGAGGAGGAACCAAUUAUGCUAAUGUUAGCAACACCCCGCAAACCAGUUUGGCGUAAUUAACCCGCGUACUUUUGUGUUCAGCCUUAAUAAAAGAAGUGUGCUCAAUUUAGACUGUUUUAUGAGCGUCUAAUUGGUCGGUUAGUUGGAAUCUUGUUUAGAGGUAUAUUAGAGGGGCGUGGGAUUGGCUCAAUUUGUUACAUCACAGAUUGACGACUCCCUUAAAAGAGCUCGUAAAACUUCCUACUUUGUUUUUUGUUUUUCUUUUCGCUUUCUCAUCUCCAAUUUGUCCCUUUCAGAUUCAGGAAUUCAAACAUGUGGGGGUCAAACACACUGUAACAUUGAGUUAGACACCCCGUCGAGAGAUGAAUGUUGCCGACCGCUUGCUUCUCUAGUUUUACCAACUUAAGUAACGACUGCAGGAUAGCAAUACACAGCGGUCUGAGGAGCCAUAGAUAAACCUCAACCAAACGCCACUCUAUAGCCACAAAUAAUGCUCAGAACUAAACACAACUCACCUACUCUCUUCCAGCAGCCACUUGUCUGUAGGGAGACCUCAGGCCAGCCCAUUACGGACUGCAGUGGGGUUACGCAGCUCGAGGAAGAACGUUUAUGAUCAUUACUUUAUCAUUUCCUUGAAGUAAUAAUCAUCAUAUUAAUCAUUUUGCACUGCAGACGCGGUAGUUCUCCUGCCUUAGCGUCUCGUUCUGAUUGUAUUUCCAUGAAGAAAUGAUCAUAAAUGUUCUUCCUUGAGCUGCGGCACCCCACAGCAGUCCGUAAUGGAUCUCACUACAAACAAGCAGCUGCUGGAAGAGAGUAGGUGAGUAUUGUUUAGUCUUUUUGCUAAAGAAAUUAGGCAAAGUUAAAAAGAUGUUUAGUGGCUAGUACUAUGGCUUGGACCUUAUAUGUACUGUUGAUGAAGUUAGGUGCUGUUCUGAGUGGCUCUCUGUAUUGCUAUCAUGCGGUCGUUACUAAAGUUGGUAUGACUAGAGAAGCAAUUAGUCGGCAACAUUCAUCUCUCGAGGGGGUGUCUAACUCGGUGUACGGUGUGUUUGACCCUAAAUAAAUUUUACACCAGAAUAUCCCUUUAAGUGGACUUUUUAAACAGAGAAAAAUCAUGUCUAACUUUGAAGCUCGGCAGCAGUGGAUGAGGCCUCCAGAGAGCUGGCUACAUGAAAAAGCAGUCUCGUAUUUCUCAGAGAGAGAGAGCAGCUGAAGUGAAGUGUUUCAUAUCUGUGUGUUAGUCCAACUUUUCUAACAGACAUGUAAGAAUCUUGCGGUUUGCAGCUGGCGGUUCGAUUAGCAGUGAGGAUAUUCUAGACGUUAUGAGGUAAGCCUCUAUCCAUAGGGUGUUACUUACACCGGUAUUAGGUAAUAACUGUGUGUGGGUGAGGGUUAAUUGAUCCCUGUGAGGUUUGAAUCUAUAGCGUGGGCUCGUUCUGGAAGGGGUCUUUGGAGAUUAGUGUGUAGAUGCAGCAAGUGUGUGCGUCAGUGUUUUUUUUAGCGGGGUAUCGACAAGGUGAGCGAUGAGUUGCUCACAGAUUUUAACGAGGCGGUAUAAUCCAAAUGAGCUGCUGAGGUCACAUGUAAUGGUAAAGUAUCACAUUUUCAGGGUUUUAUUUUGGCGUUUAGUCGACAUGUUCUCAAAGUUUUUUUUAAUGACAUCACUGUUUUUCUAUUUACUGCAAGGUCUACUACAAUGUGCGACCUGUUCCAGACACCAACAAGCCUCCGCGCGGCUCCCUCCCCCCUCCAAAUUCACACACCUUUGUUCUGUUGCCAUAACAAACAAGGUGGAGAUGACACAACGGGAAGCAUGUGUUCGAAAGGGAGAGCGCAGGAAUCCGACAUGUCUAUCAUGGAAAACAGCCACAGGGCUUGUCUGUUUGCACAUAAACGCCGAGUAUGUGUGCACAAACAGGGAACUAGUAAUUGAUGUAUCCUGACUAAUUUCCCAUCAUCAGCUGGCGUAUCACGUAACGGUUGAAUUUGGAUGACGUGUAACGCACACUCGUACCGUCGCUGCAGGCUCAGACUGCAGACAGGUUGUGCAGGAUCGACUGUGUUGCUUUAAUUCAGAGUUUGCUGUGUUGGCUUUUUAGUUCAGUUUCAACAGCAGGUUUGGUCUUGUGUCGCUGAAAUACAACUCUAGUGUGUAGAAUUGUAUUUCCAGUACAGACAAGUGUGUGUUUUAUGGAUUAAUAUAGAUUAGAUGCUGAAAGAGCGCUCUGAAAUCAUAUCCUUAGAUUGUAUUUUAUCGCUCUAAUGAUUGUGGUUUGAUGCCUUAUCUCUGCAUGUUGAAGGCAGUUUAUCUAUGUGUCUAUACUUCUUUCUUUUUAUGGUAUUGUAUUAUUUAUCUCUAACCUUUGGCCUCUUGUCUGUUCUCUCAACAGAGCUGAGAAAACUGAGGUGCUGAGCGAUGACCUCCUGCAGGUGAAUACGACUUCUUGCUCAUACUUCUUAUAAUCUUUCUCAGCACUUUCUUAUCUCGACAUUUAGUUUAUUAAUUGACUUAAAGGAAAUUAAUAAUCAACUGGUUUACGUAACUUGUCAUUUAUUCCUCGGUUUUAAAGAGCUGUACAUCUAUUUCCAUCAAAUAGUCUCAACAUCCAAAGACCCGUUUCCUGUAAAUAGAGAUUUAUCGUCGGAAACUUUUUAAAUAUUUACAUUAAAAGAAAAUAAAUCAGGAAAUAGUUGAUUUAUGCACUAUUAAAAAGGCAAGAUAUACAGAGUUAAUCAUUAAAAAAUUUGAUGUAAAUCUGAUCAAAUAAUCCACACGUUACUGAAACUCUGUCAGUCAUUAAUGCUUCUGAUAAUUUUUCUAUGAAGUGACCGCAUGAUUGUUAAAAACUCUUAUCUGUAUGAACGAGAUCCUACUGUGAUCAGAUUUAAACAAAACACCUACAAGUUAUUUGAAUAUUAAAUAUUUAGCAUUACCAAUAUUUUUCUGACUGAUUUAUUUACCGAGAAGGAAACUACAAUUCAGGCAGUGAUUAAAAUAAUGCCCCACACAAACAACACGAUUUUUAGUAAUAUUGAUAAAGUUUUGAUUUUUUAUUUUAAAGCUCCUGUGAGGAUUUUUUUUAUGUUAAUAAAAUAAACCAAAAUUCGUAUUGAUGCCUUUUCAUGAUACAAAAAGGCAAUAAAAAAACAUUGACGACAAGAUUUUUAUCUUGUGAUUUUUAAUGUCUGAAAUUCACACAAGGAGAUCGGUGUCAGCUGAGUAGCUGAAGAAAGAGUCUUCUUUUACAGUUUACACAUGAAAUAUUCACAAUAACUGAUAGAUUUCGUUGUGAAAAGUCUGCAGAUGAGAUUUCUGGUGUGAAAUCACUUAACUAGGCAAAGACUGAUUUGUCCACAGGGGGCGACAAAGCACCCACAAAUUGAGAGUCCCUCACUGGAGCUUUAAAGAUGUAAUUUAUAAUAACAUUGAGGUUUUUGUUGAAGAUGCACUAAUUGUGAAAAACAAAGCCGAUGUUAAAAAUUUAAUUUGAGCUUACUCCGAGCCAUGUCUGAUUUUGUUGAUGAACCUUAAGGUUUGGUUUUUGUGUAAAUUUGCUCGUUUCUCCUCAAAACUUCUCAGCUCUGACAAAGAUUUUAAAAAGAUGCUACAGGUGUGGAUACAUCCGUGCACACCUAGUUUUUGUCUUUAGUGAGUGGCCCUGCAGAGUGCACCACAAAGUAAAUGAAGAGGUGGUUGUUUUGUGCAAAAGGACACAUACUGAGAGGUUUUAAACUGUCGCUAAAUAUCGUAAAUAUUCCCUUUUUUGCGCGUUAUAUCUUCUACGUCUGAUCCAUUUCUUUUCAUAUUGCUCUCUUUAAAGAGUCAAAGUCUGAGGUCAUUGAAUGGGUUUUCCUUAAAGACUCUGUUAAAGCCAUUAUCCUUUAGCCGAGUCUCACUGCAGUAUUUAACUACGACUGCUGCUGGCAUUUAGACACAACAGGGGAGUCUUUCUCUCUGUUAUACCUCGCCAGCCUCCCCACUUAGGGCAAAUUCUGGAAAUGCUCUGCUAUCUUCAAAUCAGACUGGGUGUACCCUGUGCGUUUGUAUGUGUGUGUGUGUGUGUUUGUGUGAAGGGGGAUGGUGAAACUAUGAGAUCAUUUCUAGAAAAACGGGAAUCAUAAGAGCGUCUGAAAAAGACUGAGUGUGUUCACAGUGAAAGGAGACUUAGAGGUGAAGUUUAAAGCUCUCGUUUAAUCAUGUAGUCACAGUUUUAUGACAGGCAGAAGUGAACUAUGAACCUCUUGUGUCUUAAACAUGCAGCAACACAAAUGAGUGGUGGUGAGCAGGAUGAUUGUUUCCUGUUUUAAAGGAGGAGAAAAGCUGAAUCUUAAAAGAAAAGGCUGUGUUGUUUUUGCUCGUUCGAGGCCAAAAGUUAAAUUCGCUCGUGUUCACAAUGCCACAGCUCCAAAAACCACACAGUCCACUUCCAGAGAACCCUUUCUCUGGUCUCUGGUCCUGGACGAAUGGGGCUUUGUGCAGCGUUUGACAUUCCUGUAGCUCCAGCUCUCAAAGAGGAAUGUGAUUGUCAGGCGUUCAGCUCGGUGGAAGUGGCUUUUUGGCACCAAAACAACAACUCCAGGAUCAGCGGUGUGCUCUUAGUCAUUUCUGCAACCUGGUUGGAGCUGACCCCAGAUGGGUGAAUCACUGUUUUAAUUUAAUGACCCUUCAGUGGGGAAGUUUUCCUCUUUCCAAACAUGAGCAGAGAAUAAAAACUUUUUCCUUUCCCCUUCCCCACACCCCCCUCCCCUGAACCUGAAAUUUGACACUAUGAUUUCCAUGGUGUGGUAGUAUUUUUCGCCUCAGUUUUUCCACAGUCCUGAGGCGAGGACAUGUUUCUUGUUCUGACACGUCCCGCCUCGGUGGGAGAGUUGUAGAGGCUCAUGGACCAGGUUUACACUGCUGCUCUUAAACAGGAGAGAGAGAGAGAGAGAGAGAGAGAGAGUCAGGCUAUGUUAUGAUAAUGUUAGAGAUAAAUAAAUCAUGAAUUUCCUGAUAGACGGGUUCGAUUUCAUUAUGUUAGGAGCAACAUUAGGAUGAAUUAUUCUAUAUAUUAGGGGUGUCCCAAUACACCUUUUUGACUUCCAAUACGAUACCGAUAUUGUAGCCUUCAGUGUUGACCGAUACUGAUAUUGAUGCGAUAUCGGCACAAAAUUGUCCAUGACAUGUUUUUACUCAGCUGUGUCUUUUUCGGACUUAAACAAAAAAAUACUGCACAAUGCUGACAUCACUCUUAACCCUUGCUACUUUGUUAGUACCUUGUGGUGCAUCCGAGUUACCUCGAAAGUCAGAUGUUGGAGCUGAAAAUGACGUCACAUCCAAGUUACCAGCGUUUCAGUUACCAAGUCGAAAAAAAGCAAAAUCGGAGGUGGAAACAAGAUGGCUACAUCUACGAAAGUUAUUUUAGCGCUUGCCUCAUAUUCAGACAAGGCAAGGGCUAAAAUAACUUUCAUAGAUGAAGCCAUCUUGUUUCCACCUCCGAUUUUGCUUUUUCUCGACUUGGUAACUGAGUCGAACAUUCAUCUCUCCCCUCGAGAGAUGAAUGUUGCCGACCGCUUGCUUCUCUAGCUAUACCAACUUUAGUAACAACAGCACAAUAGCAAUACACAGCGGUCUACGUCUCCAUGCGCAAACUUCAACCAAAACGCCACUCUAUAGCCACAAAUAAUGCUCAGAACAGCACCUAACUUCAUCAACAGUACAUAUAGGGUCCCAGACAUAGAACUAGCCACCAAACAUCUUUUUAACUUUGCCUGAUUUCUUUAGAAAAGACACUAAACACAACUCACCUACUCUCUUCCAGUAGCCGCUUGUUUGUGGGGGAGCCCUGACGAAUCGAUCACAGAGUGCAGCGGAGUUUCACAGUUCAAGGAAGAACAUUUAUGGUCAUUUCUUGACUUCCAUGAAGUAAUAAUCAUCAUAUUAAUCAUUUUGCACUGCAGAUGCGGUAGUUCUUCUUCCAUAGCGUCUCGGUCUGAUUGCAUUUCCAUGAAAUAAUGAUCAUAAAUGUUCUUCCUUGAGCUGUGAAACUCCGCUGCACUCGGUGAUUGACUUGUCAGGGCUUCCCCACAAACAAGCGGCUGCUGGAAGAGAGUAGGUGAGUUGUGUUUAGUCGCUUUGCUAAAGAAAUGAGUCAAAGUUAAAAAGAUGUUUGGUGGCUAUAGAGUGGCGUUUUGGUUGAUGUUUGUUUAUGGCUCCUCAGACCGCUGUGUAUUGCUAUCAUGUGGUCGUUACUAAAGUUGGUAUAACUAGAGAAGCAAGCGGUCGGCAACAUUCAUCUCUUGAGGGGGUGUCUAACUCGGUGUUGUGGUGUGUUUCAUCCGUCUGUGGUAAUGUAGACUUAACAGAGUUAGCAGAGCAUAACAGAGGACAGUCUUCAUCAUGGUGAUCGUAUGUAUUAGUGCACAUCUUCCCUCUCUCUCAAGCUGUCCCAUCAAAUAAAGAGGAGCAUGACUCUGGCUUCACUUCCUAAUUAACAGCCAGCUGUUGAAGAGAUAUUCAUCCUCUCAUCUGAGUCUCAGCUUGGAUAUGUUUUUUUUAUCCUCUCCCUUCAAACAAACACGACUGUCUGCUGUUCUUGAUUCCUGUUUCUGCUCCGUCAUCAACUAGCCAGACAGUUAGCAAUCCUGCCAACAAGGUCAGCCAGCAGCCUGUCAGUGAACCAGCUCCACAGUCAGCCAGAAAACAAAACUGAAUCCACCCACCGGGUUCCUCUCUGACUCACCGAGCGCUCAGUGUUUUCUGCUCUGGCAGGUCAGAGGUCGGCUCGCUCUGUUCGCUGUUUUCACUGGAGGGAAAAUGCCGGUAGUGUGCUUGUAAACCUUUGGACAGCUCCAUAACCGGAGAGGCAGGGCAGAUGGGAUCGUCGUAGUCCUGUUAAUCGCUGGAGUGUGUGAGUGUGUGUGUGGAUCAGGGAGUUUUCCAGCGCUGGGAUAUCAGCUCAUCAGGGUGUUUUCUGAGUGUAGGAGUCUGUUUCAUAAGUCAGUUUCUACCCUCAAGGCCAAAUCUCUUCUUGUGAACACAGCAAAGUUACGGACUGAGAUAUACGGCUGUGAAAUUAUGGAUACGAUCAUUAGAAAGCUUACAGGAGUCAUUUUUGGAGACUUUUACUUUUCUCCUAGAAAACAGACUGCCCACGCUCUCUCUCCUCUUUACUGCUGAUUUAAUCGAGGUCUGGAUCCUCCAAAUAGAGCCUGACUUCCAUGCAUUAAUCAGAGCCGAGGAUCAGCUGAACGCCGAGCGAAUCGAUUGGAUCCAGGCGAGGAGCCGAUUCCAGCUGCAGGAAGAGGGAGGAGGCGUGGAGCGUCUGUGUCUAUAUGUGAGAGUUAGAGCGAAUUAGCGAGGAUGAAAGGAAGAGGAAGAGGAGCGAGGGAGCGAGAUGGGGAUCAGGAGGCAAAUGAUGGCGUGCCGCAGCUGGAUGUUUACGCUGAAACAGGAAGAGGAAGAGGAGAAAUGACGGAGAGACAGACAGUUGGGUGUAAAAGCAAGUAAAGGACUAUAACUGUGUUUGAAAUGGAGCUUUUACCUUCAGGAACACGGCUGUCGAUCUUUGAUCAAAGAGCUUUACGCUGAGAAAGCCCUCUGGUCUGUGUGGUUUUGACUUGUUUGCUCUUCUGCUGGUUCAUGUAAUUAACAGGCCGGGGCUGUUUACUAGAGUUAACUGGGAGAACCGAAGCCUGAUGCAGACUAACUGUAAAAGCUGCCAACGGAGGCUAAUGAGUGUUUUCCUUCUCUGUUGAACAAGAUACGCCGACAUGAUCUCCUAAACACAAGAAACUCCAAAGAAACUCACUCGAACUGCGGGGUAGAAAAAACAAAAUUCACAGAAGAGUCCUGGGGCCUCAUGUAUCAAUACUUGCGUGGAACUCAUACCAGAAACGAGCGCACGCAAGGUCCGUCACGCUGAAAAAAAUCCGUAUGUAUCAAUGUGUGCGGGCGCCGAAAUCCACGUGUGUUUCCUUGAUAAAUCCCAAUCAGCGUGGAAUUGAGCGCAGAUGUCGGAGUGACUGGGCCCGCCCCCGUUACGCCCUCCUAUAAAUAUGCAGAUUUAUUUAAAUAGGGUCUCCCUGUCCUCGCACGCAGACAAAAUGACAAGAAAAACUAAAUUUACGGCGUGCGAGGUGGAGGUUCUGGUGGCGGAGGUGGAGGAGCGACAGUGUGUUUUGUUUGGCAGCCUGUCCAGUGGCGUCAGUGCAAAACGGAAACGCUUGGAGUGGGAGAAAGUUUGCGAGAGGGUGAAUGCGGUGGGUUCCGAGACACGCACCCCCGCGAAGAUUAAAAAAAAGUGGUCGGACCUCAAGGUGGAGGUCAAGCGGCGUACAGCUGCCCUCCGGAGGAGUACUGGCCUGACAGGUGAGGGUCCGGGGGAGGAGACCCUCACACCGUUUGAGCAGCGAGUGGUGGCGAUUAUUAUUAUAGGGUAAGUGGCGUGUCACACAAAUGUCCACAUGCUUUGUCAUCCCACUGAGCAAAAGACAUAUAUUAGACGUCUAGUCUAAGUUUAUACUUCAUUUCAACGUCGGGAUUCAGUCUAUUUUUGGACGUGAUUUAUACUUCGCCCUUAACUUCAUUUUUCGAUAACUUUUUUAUGCAAUAUACAACUGUAAUGUGCAUAACUGACCUCUAAAUACUGGAUUACAUUACCUAUGACACCGUGGAGAGAGAUGUAAACGCAACAGAUACACAGAAGCAGGAAUUGAAAUGAACCAAUAUUUUUAUUGUGUCACAGAAAUCAAUGUGUCGGCCGUGUCGCCGGCUUGCGGAACCCCGACCCGCGGCAGCACCAGCAUCAGCACCAGCGCGCCGACAAGCGGUGGAGCGUCCACCAGCCGCGGCGUUUCCGCUGGACCACCCGGACGCAGUGGAAGGGUCCUCGCGGAGGGGGUCCUGCAAUCGCAGGAAGAAAUCAUCAGGGGGAUCACGGGGAUCAACGAGCGGCUGGACCGGCUCGUAAAUGUCCUCGAGCGUCUGGAGGAGAAAAUGAAUUAAUUUGGCUCAUUGAACAACUGUGUGCUCACUUCUUACCCAUUCACACUGUGGCGAUGAGAUUCUCCCGCGCGAGGACGGCGGCCCGGCAGGGAUCAGCUCGCAUCCCUCCGUCUGCUGCUGGUUCGUCAUGUGGGGCGACGUGCUGCUCGGCCACGGGGAUGUGGUGCACGCUUGUCACAUAGUGAGUCACCAAACACCGCCACACAGCGUCGCCAAAGUGCGAAUCACAGUCAACGCAAGUUUUCGGCUCAACGCCAAUUUCUACACCACCUCCUGACUUUGCGUUGAUUAGCGCUGGAACCGACGCUCGUUUCGCGAUGAUAAAUCUGGACGUGUGCGCCGAUUUUGGCGUACGCAAGGUUUUCUUGCGCCGCAAGCGUUGAUACAUGAGGACCCUGGUGAGCUUAUUCUGCCUCAGGCGGAGGAGGAAGUGUGCGUGUCUUGUCCACAAAUAGUGCAAAAACAAAAGUUCUAAGUGGCGCCUAACUAGCCUCACAUUAAAGAGAAAGACCUGACCGACAUCAACUCCAACAAACCCGAUUAAAAAACACUGGAAUAGCCCUUUAAACAACCUCUGGAUACAGGACUUGUCAAGGGGUUCGAACUCUGUAAGCCUUUAAAGUUCAGCAACAGGCCACCUGCCGUUCAUCUGUAUUCAUGCUAACUCUCUACAUGGAGUCCAGAGACAAAGAGGUCCCCCCUGAUCUCCAUAAAGACCCCAAUCCAUCAGUCUGUGUAACUCCCUCCACCUGUCGUAAUGCAGCAGGAGCAAGACGAGCGGCGCUGACAUCCUUCAUCAUCUUUCAAACGCAAGAGCAGGGUGGGAAUUUUAAAGACGGAUGUGUGGAAGUGCAGCUCCGGCGUUUGAUUCGCUGUAACCACCUGUGUGAAAAUGUGUGCCUCAGCGUCUUCUGAAUUUCUGAUGUUUUCACAGAUCGAGAGGCGGAUGGAGCUGGUUCGCUCGGUGUCGCACAACACACAUAAGAGGCUGGUGUCGUGUCUGCAGGGUCAGCUGGGAACAGACACGGAGAAGAGACACGUAAGAGACGAUCAAUUUCUUUUUAGCAGGUUUGACAUCAGAGUCUGAGUUCGCUGGUGUAUCACGCCUCUGAGUCAUCGUGAAACUAUUGUCAGCGUUAGCAAGGAGACUCUAUCUUGUGUUAGGAACACGCAGCGUCUCCCAUUAUGUAACACGAUGAUAUGACAGAGACUCAGGGGGAAAAUAUUCAGCGCCGGCUUCAUGCCAGCUUCACUUUUACUGAACAACAGAUCUGCCCCUGCCGUGCACGUACGAUCAAACUGACCUGACUCACAGGGUCAGAGAAAAGUUUAUGUUUCUGCUCGUUCACCUGCAGAAAAAGCUUCCACUGACGGCGCUGUCCCAGGCCAUGCAGGAGGGAGGCAGUCAGCUGGGGGACGAGAGCCUGAUUGGGUGAGAUCCACUUACUACAUGCACAACAACAAAACUCGCAGGUUUUUCACCCGAGGGUGCGCCUCUGUUUGUCUUUUAAACUCAUGUUUUCUCAAGACAAAUAACGGUCAUAUUUGUGUACUUUGCAGGAAGAUGAUGGACGUGUGCGGAGACGCCGAGAGCAGGUUAGCGAGUGAACUCAUGCAGCACGAAGUCCAGAUCGAGAGAGACAUCCUUGAACCUCUAAAUCAGCUGGCAGAGGUAAAAACACUGAACCCAGACUACCCACACACUGAGCAAUAGACGGAUAUUUGACGUCUAGUUAUUUUUUAGACCUAAUCUCAACAUCUAGAUUCUGUAGACGGAAUUGAGACGUCUGACUUUAACCCAUUAUUCAAUAAGUCUUUAUUUGAAAAAGAAACUGUGAUUUGCAGAACUGAUCUCCAAGUACUAAACCAAAAUAAUUAUGAUAGCUGUUGAGCAAAAUACUGGUAGACGUCUGUUAGCUGACUAGUCUAAACUCGAUCUAAAUUUAGACGUCUAAAAAACUUUCAUUUUUAGACCUGUGGUAGCCUGAUUUUAGACCAGACGUCUAGACUACAUUUAGACGUCUAUUAGACCUUUUUAGACCAAAAAAUGCUGAGUGGGCAGUCCUCCUCAUACUGCAGGAACCACUUAGAUACGACUCAGAAAAUCCCCUUUUUAACAUCAUUUUGGGGCUUUUAUGUAGAUGAACAUACGUCCUCUUCUACCCGGACAUGUCCUCUUUUUUUAGGGGAUGUCCAGGCUUUGUCUGGGGAGCGAUAUUUUUUUUGUGUGUAUAAGUCCCGCCUCCUUCGCCUCUGAUUGGCUAGAAAAGCUGAAAAUUUCAUCACAAGCUCAAGCUGAGCGUGGGCUGUCGGCUCUGUACAUCAAACAGAACAUUAUCGCAUUUCUGAAUCUCCUAACCCUAACCCGAUGACGUUUCACAGCCAUGAGGAAUAACCAAUCAGAGCCCAGCACUUCUAGCCAAUCAGAGGCAAAGGAGGCGGGACCCUCCCCUACUAUCCUAUGUAAAAAAAUAUCCUUCAAAUGUCCGCAGUUUUGUACAUAAGUUUCGAUUUUGUGUCACGUGGACUUACUUAGUUAGAAGCGUGUAAAAGACACUCGAUCCGACCCGAAAAACACACAAAAAUUAACUUCGUUUGACGUCGUGACUCCGCCCCCACGUAGACAUGUCCUCUUUUUGGGAAGUCAGAAUACGGUCACCCUAUUUUAUGUCGUCAAUAAGAGGAAACUAGAAGAGGCAACAGAUUUAACCACUAGGCAGAUCUAGCUCAUUAAAGAAGCACCUUUUAUAGGGUGACCAUACUCUGACUUCCCAAAAAGAGGAUACAGCUAAGCGGGGCCAGAGUCACAGAGUCGCACAAAGUUAAUUUUGAGUUUUUCGGGUCAGAUCAAGUGUCUUUUAUGCGCUUCUUACUCAGUAAGUCCACGUGACACAAAAUCGAAACUGACGUACAAAACCAGAAGGAUGUUAUAAACUUCCCCGGACACAGACGGACAGACCUGGACAGCCCCCAAAAGAGAGGACAUGUCCUGGUAAAAGAGGACGUAUGGUCACCCUACCUUUUCACUGUAUAAUUUUAAGAUGAAACCUUCACAGAACUUUCACGUACUCUUUUUUUUUUGUUUUGUUUUUAAAUCUCUUAUUUAAGUAUCACCUUUGGCGUCUUUUUGGCAGCAAAUCUCCUCCCAGGAAAGGUGUCGCUCAGAUUUCUGAUCUCUCUUCUUUUUUCUCUCACAGCUGGAGAUCCCAAAUAUACUGAAGCAAAGAAAACAGCUAGCCAAACUGGUUCUGGAUUACGACUCGGCCAAGACGAGGUAGUUUUCUGAGUGAAUCUAAUCUCACAAGAGCUUCAGUUAAGAGUCACACUUACGCAUUUGAUUCCUGCAGAUGGUACCAGGCAACCAAGUCCAACAACCAGGCGAUGGCAGCUAAGGUGGACUCGCUCAAAGACGAGAUGGACGAGGCUCUGAACAAAGUAGAAAUAUGCAAGGUAAGGAAAUCAUCCAUGUAGAAUCCACUGUGGUUAAACUGCAGACUCGGGUUGGGGCCUCUUUGGGAUCAUAUCUAAUGAAGUGUCUGAACAAAGGGAGCCUUGUACCAGCGGAGUAUAAUCGAGACCGUAUCAUUAAAGGUCAUUGCUUUGUCAUCUGGAGCUCAUCUUCGUCUUAAUGAGCGUUUUCUCUGUGGAAUAAUAAAGAAGUCAGUUUGAGGUUCACGUCUCCUUCGCCAUGAAUGGUCAUUUAAAUAUGUCUUUCCAUCCCCCAGGACCAACUUUCUGCAGACAUGUACAUGUUUUCUUCCAAAGAGGGGGAUUACGCACGUUAUUAUGUCAUGGUGGGUGCACGUCAGUUUUUGUGUAAAUGAGCCGGAACUUAAAUGGAAACGAUAUGCAAAUUCCACUUGUGCAGCUGUGCGACUUUUCCAUGUGUGUGUUUGUGUUUGUCCCGCAGUUAUUAGAGGCCCAGGCCGAGUACCACAGGAGGUCUCUGGCGGCUCUGGAGGCAGCUAUCCCGACCAUCCAAAUACAACAAGGUGAACAGCUGGACAUGAAAUAUAACCGCUGUGAUCUGUCCUCUUACAGGCUCGAUUCGCCAAGAAAUUGAGGCGCAGUAGAUGAGGUUCAUGGAAACCUAAAUUCAAUUGAAAACACAUCAGAUUUGGCUCUUUUUUAAAAUUUGAUAUGUUGUUUUUGCACAAACAUAACUGGUUUAAAUCAAAUUUCCUUUCUUUCUUUGGACUCUUUUGUUUUACGAACACUCACACAAGUUUCAAAUUGUCUUUUGAAAGUUACCUGAUGUUUCCUUGACGUUUUUCAAUAAGAAAUUCUUAUUUGUGGUGAUAAAGAAACCCGGCUGCUUUACUUUUGUAAAUCCUUUUUUUUUACCUCCGCCAAGGAGGUAAUGUUUUCAGUAGCGUUGGUUUGUUUGUUUGUUAGUUUACGGAGAAAGUUACAGACGGAUUGACCUGAAACUUUCACCAGAGGUGCGUCUCAGCCCCAGGAGGAUCCCAUUAAAUUUUGGUGGUGAUCCGGAUCGCCUUCUGGAUCCAGGAAUUUUUUGAAGGAUUCUUUAUCAUUGUGAGAUAGGGCAAAUUUUGGAAUUUUUGCAUUUAACUCGAUGAAAAAGUCUUUAGUAAAAAAUUACACAAAAGGAUCUCAAUGAGUUUUAUGAGGUGUCAAAGGUUGAUCCUGAUCCAGACAAAAUUCUGGAUACUGUGAUCCAGAACACACAAAAAUAAGGGUGUCGUUGGAAUUUUCAAUAACCAAUGGGCGGCACAGUGGUGUAGAUAGGUGGUACAGUGGUGUAGUGGUUAGCACUGUCACCUCACAGCAAGAAGGUCCUGGGUUCGAAUCCGGUCAGGGCAUUUCUUGUUUUAGGAACAUUAUGAACAGUGAACAUACCAGUUUAAACAUAAAUUAAAGUUAAUAAAAGACACGUAACAGUCAAAGUUUUGGUGUGAAUCACAAUAUAAGGGGGGACACGAGCUGCUUGGCGGAGGUCUGCGCUCUCCGAGUGCUUUUCUAGUUAGACCUGAAUUAAUUUGCAUCAUAAAGACAUCAAACAGGCAAAGGUGUCAUUUUGAGAGCAAAGAAACGGGAUGAAAGAGAGUUCGUUACACGCAGAGGUUUAUUUCUGUUCACGGAAAUCCCUCUGAGUUCAGACGCUCCUCUACGCAGACAGAUUUACCGUGAAUAAGCGACCGUCUGAGGAUGAAUCUCUUUAACUCUUCAAUCAUGAUCUGUUUUAGACUCCUGGAUGGAGAAGCCGGCGUUCGGCACGGCUCUGGAGGAGCAUCUGAAGAGGAGCAACCGUGAGAUCGCUCUGCCUAUCGAGGCCUGCGUCAUGAUGCUGCUGGAGACCGGCAUGAAGGAGGAGGUAUGAGGCGGAGAAAGCGGAGGAGGAGGAGGAGGAGGAGGAGAGGGGUUUAUUGUGGUGAAGUGGGGUAAAGUUGAAGGGUUAUUUGAGACCUUCGUCUCUAUUAAACAUGUUCUGGAAAAAUGAUGGCGUGUAGAGUCUGGAAACAUCUCUGGCAGACUUGUGGUCAGUGUCCCUGGAGGCCGCGGGCGCUCUCGCUGCGCAGGCAUCUGUUAAUUAUUAGGAUGUUCACUAUUUGGCUCUUUAAAUUUAACUGUAACACCAGACUCCCUGUAGAGAAACCGUUUAAGACGUUUGCAUGAAAGGAAGCAGAACUCGAGCUGUGCGGCGUGUACUCAUCCCGUAAGAGCCACAUCUCCUUCUUCUCUUCCUUAAUUUCAGGACUGAAACCUGUCACAUGUACCUGCCUGAAACAGAAAAAGCACCUUUCAGUCUCCUGUUCCCCACAGGGUCUCUUCAGAAUAGCUGCUGGAGCCUCCAAACUGAAAAAGCUAAAAGCAGCGCUGGACUGCUCCACCUCUCAGCUGGAGGAGUUCUACUCGGAUCCCCACGCCGUCGCCGGUAAAAGAGAGAAAAUCUGCAAAAACUCGAACCAUCUGUUGUAGAUAAUUUUCUCAUAGCUUUUCUCUUCAUACACAGGAGCCCUGAAGUCCUACCUCAGGGAACUUCCUGAACCUCUAAUGACUUUUGGCUUGUAUGACGAGUGGCUGCAGGCCUCCAAGUGAGAAACACACACAUAAACACACAUAAACACACACACACACACACACACACACAGACGGGACUCUUUUAAUAUCCUGUUCACACACCUGAUGAAGCAGAGUGGAGAUAUUUUAGAGCUCAUGUCAUAAAUAGAAACUGUGUGUGUUUGUUUUCAGUGUGACUGACCCCGACAAGAGGCUCCAGGCCCUGUGGGUGACAUGUGACCAUUUACCAAAGACUCACAAAUCAAACCUCAGGUAAGAGCGUCUUAAAGGGAUAUUCUGGCGUAAAAUUAAUUUAGGUCAAACUCAUCAUAACACAGAGUUAGCCAACCCGUCGAGAGAUGGAUGUUGCUGACCGCUUACUUCUCUAGUUUUACCAACUUCCUCAACCUUAACCACCAAACAUCUUUUUAGCUUUGACUUAUUUCUUUAGCAAAGAGACUAAACUAAACAACUCACCUACUCUCUUCCAGAAGCCGUUUGUUUGUAGCGAGACCUCAGGCCAGUCCAUUAUGGACUACAGUGGGGUGACGCAGCUCAAGGAAGAACAUUUAUGAUCAUUUCUUCAUGGAAAUGCAAUCAGACUGAGACGCUAAGGCAGAAGAACUACCACGUCUGCAGUACAAAAUGAUUAAUAUGAUGAUUAUUACUUCAAGGAAAUGAUAAAGUAAUGAUCAUAAAUGCGCAUGUGCGAACAGUAAAAAGGCACCAUGAGAAAUGGGGACAUCAAUAACCCGAAAACAAAAAGUAGAUUAUUAUUUUUUUUUCGUUUCCAUCUCUAUUACAUAUUCUGUUUUGAGCUGAAAAUACGAAAACAAACACUACCUUUUUAUUUUUUGGUUAUACAGAGAAACAAAUAAAAAAAAUAUCGACUCAUUUUUUUGUUUUUCGUUCACUAGAUUGAAUGGAAUAAUUGAAUUGAUGGAUAAUACACGGACCCAUCUUUGCUAAUACUCGGCAACAUGAAACUCGACCAAACUUCAUUUUAAUUUGUGUGAGAAAAGACGCAUAUACGAACCUUGUGCCUCUAGAUACUUUAAACAACUUAAAGAGAUCGUUAUUGGCGAGUAGAUCCUGAGUUUACAUAUCGUUUAACUGUCCGUUGACGAUUUCCUGUAAAAUGUAUUGCUCACAGAAGUAAAAUAAUAGUAAAUAGGGGUUGUACCUUCAAAAUAAGACUGACGAUACCAACAUAUAAUGUGGGUCAUUUACACUCACCAACUGGACUCUCUGUUUCAGGUAUCUGGUGAAGUUUCUGGCCAAACUGGCUCAGGACAGCGAGGUUAACAAGAUGACUCCCAGCAACAUCGCCAUCGUCCUGGGUCCCAACCUGCUCUGGGCAAAGACAGAAGGGUGAGAACGGUGUGUUUUUAGUCCGUUUUCUGAGUGUGAUUUCUGAGCGGUUAAUAAGCGUUCACCUCUGUCCAUCAGGACUCUGGCAGAAAUGGCGGCAGCUACAUCUGUCCAUGUGGUCGCCAUCAUCGAGCCCAUCAUCCAGCAUGCUGAUUGGUUCUUCCCUGAAGGUAAGACAGCUCUGACUGUUAGAUAUGAACGAUCAGUCAUCAUCUCCUCACUGCUCACCUCAAACCCGCGUCUCUUUCAGAGGUGGACUUCAAUGUUUCAGGCAUGUUCGCCAUGCCCACCCACCCAUCCACCCCCGAUCCUGAAUCCGGCUUGGAGAGGAAACGUCCCGGCAGCCUAGUGGGGCAGGACGGGGACAGUCACACCCCCCGUAAAGACAGGUACCUGUCUCGCCCCAACCUCAGCCUCAGCCUGCCGCUCACCCUCCCGUCCCGUCCCAAGACUCUGAGCAGGCAGGAGUCGCGGGGCCCGGCGGUGUCGGCCCUUUAUGUAGUGGCUAACGAGUCCAUCACAGUCUCUGAAACGCCCACUGAAGAUCUGCCCAGUCCAGACUUCAAAGCCGUGCCGUAGUCCCGCGUAGCUCCCAUGAAUCAAGUCACCUACGAGUACAAGAAGGGUUCAUGUUUUCUGUGUCAUAUAUGCACCACAUGUCUGUUGUUUCAGUAAUUCAAGCACAAGCUAUUAAGUGGUACUUUAAUAAGGUUGGUACUGGAGUUCUCCUUUAAUGCAACAAAAAAAAACAAACACUUUGACUUUUGACGAUUUGAUCUGAAGCUGUUCCUCUUGUCACUCUUGUGUACUCUGGUGUUUUCUCUCUGUUUCCUAUUAAAGCCUAGGUUCUCAUAUAGGUUGCUGGUUUUAUGUCUUGUGUGGGCUUCUUCUGUUGUUGCAUUUUGUUCGUACGACGUGGUAUCUGUUUCUUCUGCCCCUGCAAAGAUGUAGCAGAGCACGGUUGUACGGUGGCCGAGAACCGCCACUGCUGCAAAUAAAAAAGAAUGCAAAAAAAAAAAGAAGCCACAACGGAAGUUAUCGAUUUUUUUUUGGCAUUGCAACUUUUUUUUUUGCAUCAUUAACUUCCAUUGUGGCUUUUUUCUUUUUAAUCUGCACUAUGUCUUUUUUUAUUUGCAGCGGGCUUCGGUUUCAUUUUUUUUUUUUUUGCGUCGUUAACUUCCGUUGUUGCUUUCUGUCUUUUCUAUCUUCACCAUGUUUUUUUUUUUUUGCAUCGAUAACUCAUGUUGUGGCUUUUUUUAUAUGCAAUCCUUUUAUUUUCGCAGUAAGUAAAAAUUUUUUUAAUCUUUUUUUUUUUGCAUCAGCACUUUUUUCUGUGUCGUUAACUUCCAUUUUGGCUUUUUUUUUAUAUCUGUACUGUCUUUUUUUUAAUUUGCAGCAGGCUUCGGUUUCUUUUUUUUGUAUUGGUAAUUUCCGUUGUAGCUACUUUAUUUUGCAUUCUUUUUAUUUGCAUCAGUAGUGUUGUUUUUUUUUUGCAAUCCUUUUUUACUUGCAUCCUUUUAUUUUCACAGCAAGUAACAGUUUUUUUUUCAUCACCACUUUUUUUGUGUUGUUAACUUCUGUCGUGGCUUUUUAAAAAAUUUUAUCCGCACCGUGUCUUUUUUUACUUGCAGCGGGCUUUGGUUUCAUUUUUUUGCAUCAAUAACUUCUGUUUUGGCUUUAAUAUUUGCAUUCUUUUAUUUUCGCAGUAGUUAACUGUUUUUUUUUUUUUUUUGCAUCACCUCUUUUUUUGUGUCAUUAACUUCCAUUGUGUUUUUUUUUUUUUUUUUUUCUUUUAUCUGCACUGUCUCUUUUUGUUAUUUACUGCGGACUUUGGUUUCAUUUUUUUUGCAUUGGUAAUUUCCGUUGUGGCUUCUUUUUUUGCAUUCUUUUUUACUCGCAGCAGUGUUGGUUCUCGGCCACCGUACCGCUGUUCUAUUUAAGGUCACCGUCAUGUGGUUUUUCUGUCUUCUCUGGGCGCUUUCUGAAACUGAACUUAAGGAAGUGGCGUCUCGUCCUGUCUCCUGCUACAUCUCCGUCUGUCUCUGUUCUCGGUUUCUCUCUCUCUCUGUCUCUUUGUUCUUUCAAACUUGACUGACUGGCGUUUGGUUUGCCCCUCCUGAACUCUCUCCCCUCUCACCCCCUUCCCUAGCCCUGUUAACAAACUGCCGGAGCCCGCUCCACGUAGAGUCAACGCUGUUAUUAGAAAGCAGCCACACCUAACCUCACCCACCUUCCAACCCCCACUGCCCCCUCUGGAAGCCUUGGGUACUACCCAGCCCGAGCCCCAGCCUCAGGUUCUGUCCCCGGCUGCAGAUGUCGAGCAGCCUUUCCCCAGUGGCGGUGGCAUUGGUGGUGGUGGUCUGGGAGGUGGGGUCCAGGUAGCCUCAGUGAAACCUCAGGUUGUAACGCAGCUCAGCGCAGAGGAGAGCAGGUAAGGAGGAGUGAGCUGAGGUAGCAACUAUUCUCCACCUCCGCCUGCCCGCUGGCAAUCAACCAAUCCGGAGCUCGUCCACCCUUUUUUUGUGUUUGUCCUGUGUCUGAUUGGUCAGUUCACUGUUCACCUGUCGGACGUCAUGAAAUACAAAAAUCGACUGCGCCCACAUUUCUGAAUUUGGCUUCAUUUUAACAAAUUAAAACUGAAAAAUCAUGUAAUGCUUGUUGUGAUGAUUGACCAAAUUCAGCCUAUUUUGAGUCGUGUUUCUUAUCAACUUCCUCCCUCUUGCCUGUUGUGUUGCAGAGAUGAUUUUGUGGCGAUGUCUGAUUUUGCAUGAAACACUUUACCGCACAAACCUCUCCUGAUUUUGCAUCCUCUCGUCUGUGCUGUCUUCAUGCUGUUUUUUGUUUGUCUUCUCGUGCAAUAACCUUCAUUUUUAAUGUGAUUAUCAGCCUCUGAAUGUUGUGUGAUCCUUCUAAAUAUCAUGCAUGAUUCCUGGCAUAGAUGCACAGCUGUCUUUGUGAAGUUUUGGUACGGCAGGUUGAUGGGUUAAGAUUUGAUUUUACUGUAUUUCCUCAGCCCCGCCCGUGAGCUGAUGUCCACCCCCCCUCCUCAGAGGAAUGGUUCGGUCCACCUCUCAGUAGGAACUCCUCACUCUCAGGGGGGAUCGAGGGGCCCGAGUCCACACAUGGUCCGCAGAGGUGAGAGAAAACCCAAACAAAAACUGGGUUUGAAUCAAAUUUUGUAUUUUGGAAUCAUAGUUGUUGCACAUGAAAAUAUUUAAUAUAUGUUUUUUUAUUCAAAGGUACCAAGAAGCAGGCCCCCGCCCCGCCCAAACAAGCCAGCCCUUUCGCUUCCCAGUCAAGCAACGCCCAAACGCCCAGCUCACCUCAUCACCCGGCUGUUACCCCCCGUCGCCACCCAAGCAAAGACGGCAUAAUCCACGCCCCGAGCCACCCGCCCCCGCAGCCUCCUCCAGCCCACCAGGCCCACGGGGAGUCGGAGCCUUCUCCCCCCAGCACUCCCACUCCUCCUGACACUCCGCCCCAUGAUGCACCGCACUCCAACCUCCUGUAUCACCACCAUUCCGGGUCCCUCCCUCGCCCGGCCAGGCCGGCGCCUAAACCACGACCCCGGCCAAGCAUGCCGCCGCCACCACAACCAGGAGCCAAUGAGGAUGGUAAUGGCCUCUUUAGCUCCGCCUCCAAGAUCAUAACAGGUAAACAGUCCGUCUACUCUCCCUUACAAAGUUUUUUUGGGCAAGAUGUAAAUGUUUGAGCAAGUUUUUUAAUGAACAGUCAGAGUCAGAAGAAAUAAUGCAUCAGUUAAAGGUGCAGUACGCUGUUUUUAGCAGAACAGACUUGGUAGAAAACCUGACAAAUUGAGGGUCAAACUUGUCAUGCCUCACAGGAGCUUCUUGUCCUCAAAGGCCACCGUCACCUGUGUAGCUUCACUAGUGGGACGGGUGAGCAGGGGAGCAUUUCAGUUAACAAUCUAAACUCUAAAUAGUCCCAUUUCUGCUCGCUAUACCUUUAACCCUCGGUUCCUACUACGUCCGUUUUGAGGACAUUUUCAUUUUUUUCACCUUUAUUUUGAGCUGACAGUCACAUUUUAAAGAUCAUCUCAAAUAUGCAGUUAUUUUUUAUAUGCGUGCAAUCAGCAAAAUCACGGUCAUAUUUUGGUUCGAGGUGGAUAACCACUUGUGAAUGAUUCCUAUCUUACAUAUAUCUUCUGAUUUUAUAUGCCUAUAUAUAAAAUUAAUUUAUUAUGAACAAAUGAAUUUGAUCGCAUUUGAUUUGGUAGAGGACGAGGCUUGAGAAAAGAGGGAGAAAUUGGCGUGUUUUUCCGCUCCAAUAGACUCAGCUGUUAAGAACACACAAUUAAUCAAUAAAUAUGACAGUGUGCACAAAAACUGGCAUAAAAAGGGUAAUACAUCAAAUUUCUUAUUCAUUACUAUUAUUUGGUCAGGGUUGAAGUUGUUUAAGGGAUUUGAGUCGAAAAAAGUUUUAAAAAAGUUUGAAAAUGAUUUUUUUAUGCGCAUUUAUCUGCAUGCCCAUUUUGGGGACAAAGUCGGCUGGAUGGAGCUUCAAGUACAAAAAAAUGGCACAACAAAAAGAAUUAGAAUGCACCAAAAUCAGUUUAAGUUCUCAUCAUUGACAUAUCCCAAACUCUAUUUAUCAAAAAAAACCUCCUCUUGGACAUUUUAUAUGGCAAAUAUGGCGAUUUUGUGUUUUUUACCACUAAAACUAGCAGUGACAUGAUGCACGAAAACUGGCAUAAAAAGGGUGUGACAUCGAAUUUUUGUAUGUAUUAUUUUUUUAAUGGUCAGGGCUGAAGUUGUUCAAGAGAUCUGAGUAGAAAAAAGUAAAAUAAAUUGUUAAAAAAUGAUUAUUUUAUGAGCACUUAUCUGCAUGUUCAUUUUAUUAGUCUGGAUGGAGCUUCAAAUUAACAGGAACCGAGGGUUAAUAGAGAUUACCGUACUGUUUAGAGUAUAGAGAUCAUUUCUAUGAAGUUUGUAACCCUUGCAUCAUUUAAACACACCCUUAACGACGCACCUUGUUACUCAGUUUUUAGUGAUUUCUGCUUCCUCUCAGAGCGAUUGCCGUUUGUAGUCCUCUGGCUUUUGGUUUCACUGUUUCAAAGUACCUCACAAACUUAAUCUGGUGAUCUGACGCAUGACAGGAAAUGUGUAAAUAUUGCAGAUGUCUGAACUGCCGGCCUGCCUGUAAGAUGAGCUUUGCAAAGGCAGGUAAUGGUAAGAAUCUGAUUGGCUGAUGUCUUUGGCUCCGCGUCUGUGUCCGCAGUGUGUGUCUGUGUUUGUGGGUAUGGGAGUAAAAAGACUGACCCCUCCUGGUGGCGUGUUAUUGUUGGUUUUAACCCACUUCAUAUAUAUACAUGUUUUUAUGUAUAUAAGUUUGCAUUUUAACCGUGCUGUGUAACAAAGCUUGUGUAUCCGACUCCCUCCCUCCCCCACGCUGAGGUCUUUUGAGUGCUUUUGCCUGCUGAGUUUGUUGUGUUCACUAACAUGCAUCCAAACAGCCUUUAAACCUGCAUUUAUGCGCCUUUUUUUAAACAGAUUUAUGAAGAUAUUAAGUUGCUUAAACAGAUUAACACGCCAAGGAUACUGUUCGAUUGAAAGUGUGACUCAGAUGGACACAAACACAAUACUCAACACAAACAUGAAUCCUUGGCGUCUUACUGAGUGUGUAAAAGCGUCUGUUUGUGUGUGUGUGUGUGUGUGUGUGCUCAAGUGUGUGUGAUGCUCCAGACUAACUCCUUCUUUCCUGCACAGAUGGCGGUCUGGUCCUGAAGGGGAUCGGUCGAGCCUUCAUCCCAGGGGUGAUUGUGGACGAACAAGAGGAGAGCUCUGCUGGUCAAGAGCCCGCCGCCUCUGCCGCCUCUGCCGCAGCCCCGCCUCCCAACCCUGAGAUCCAAUCAGAGAGCACUGCGCUGUGAAAAAAAAAAAAAAAAAGAAGAAGAGGAAUCACAAAAAUCCUCCUCCAUCCACCUGGUCGGUGUAACAGAUCUGAAUGUACAGAAUCGAAUAUCUGAACUCACAUGAUGCCGGGCCGCCGUCUGCAGAAAAGCAUCUUCAGCUCUUCUAACUAAACACACAUGAGCUGAACUCCAGAGAUAUCACAGCCAGAAAACAUCUCAGCACAGACAAGCUGAGAUGUCUGAGUGUUUCCAGUCACUGAUGAUCUAUUUAUCAUGAAGCAGGCUCAUCGUUUUGAUUAAUUCCCCUGAUUUUCUUAACUCUAACAAGGACUCACUCCAACAUCGUACCAUGUGUGUGCAGAUUUAAAGGACCAAAGAAAUGCAAGGAGGCCAAAGAAUCAAAGAUAAGAGCUGCCAGGCCUUUAUUAAGGAUGUAAUGACCAAAUAUUAUAAGAGUGCAAUAUUGAAAUGCAAUCAUCCAUCUUUAGUAUUUCAGGUAGUUUUCCUUUGAGUAAUCCAGGGGGGGAGAAUCCAGCGGGUUUCUGUGGGUUAGCUUUUAUUAUUAUUAUUAUUAAAGGGAUUUUUCUAUUAAAACAAAAAAGUGAUUUUUAUAAAUGCUAUUCUCUUGUAAAUUAUCACUCACACACAAGCUUACAGCUCCAACCAAAUACAGCCAGAGUGAUUCAAGGAUUUUCUUUUGUGUAUUUUUUUGGCUCCGGCUGACGAUCCUCACCAUGUUCAGGUGUUUUUGUUUUUUUUCAGCAGGUGUUUGAUUGUUUUUUUUUUUAAUUUCUUCUUAUCAUUUUUAUGUUGGCUUGUCUGCACAUAAUGCAUCGAACAAUGCAUCAUUACUCUUCAAGAUUAAAGAUUGUUCAACAUUUUCAACACUGUUGUCAGCUGGUCAUUUCUUGUCCUUGUGGGUUUGGAUGCACCUUCUGAGACGUCUGAUGUCCAAAAGUGAUAUUUUUAAUUUGUGCAUACAAGUUUUUAUCCUUUGCACACAAGAUAGCCGUCUGGCCCAAACAUCUAUAACUAUCAUGUGUGCACAAGAUCAAAUUUUCAACCUUCUUGAUGCAUCAGUGUUAAACUUUUACCACAUUGUUUUCAGUUCUGCAAGUAACAAGUGGUAAAAAACUGCAAGCUGCAAAAGGAAGAGUCAUUGUGUAGAUCUUCUGUUUUUACUGUUUGUUUUUGGGGUGAAAAGUGAAGAAAAUCAGCCGUAAUAUCACGUUAAGUAUCUGCGUCGCAGGCUGCUAUCAAGCCCAGUAACCGAUAAUGAACCAGAUCACAGAGAGACAAAUCAGGAGGUUGAUGUUGACGAUGAGUUUGAAACGUGGAUCUUCCUCCAGAGAGCAGAUAGUCUGUUCAGGUGUGACGGGCUCCUUGGGAGUAUCGUCGUCUCCUUUGUUUUUCCUCUCCAUCCCGCACAGCCAGUAGAGGGCGCACAUCAGCCUGGACUGACUCUGGGUGCUGGACGUGGAGGAUGAAGAGUCUGCAGGGUUCAGGAGAGAAAGAGUAAGAGAGGGAGAGGGUGUUUGUGUGUGAACAUGCAGGUGUAAUAAAAACAUGUAAUAGGAGACAGGACUCACCUUUCCUGUGGUGAUGCGUGUUUCCGUUGGAGCCCUCGUGCUCGUUUCCUGUCUCUGCGCGAGUCGUCACGUCUGUCUUUUCUCUCUGCACCACGGGGUCAAGCCUUGUGAACCAGGUGAGGCGACUAAUCUGCAACACAUAAUAAGACGAUGCAAAAUGCAAAAAGUGUCCUCAUACCAUCCACACUCUCAAAGAAGGUAUGCAGUUGCUUGUAUCUUUGGUUACCAUGGGAACAAAGGAAUGCACCUGUACUAACUGCUUUGGCGGUGCACUUUGAGAAAAGUCUAUUAAAUCAUCGAUAAUGUUUUGGUGAAAAUGUACCCUCGUUGAAUAUAUUCAUAGAUAUCAAACCAAGACUGGAUUCAGACCUGAUCAGAUGGUCCCACCUGUUCUGGUUUGGGCUCCUCUGUGGCCAGACUGAUGACCACCACCACAGCCAGGGUGAUGAAGGACAGGAGCGUGGAGAAGUAGAGGUAAUGGACGUACUUCAACACUCCUGGUCUGUCGUCUUCCUCGAAGCAGAGGGGCGCGGGGUAAAUGAAAUCCAACAACAUGCGGGUGCAGCCGAUCGCCAAGCCGAUUACGAGACCCCAGAACACCCCCUGAAGAAGGAGGAGGAAGAGGAGGAGGAGGGGAGAGUGGGUGCUGUGGACUCUGUGACUGUGUCAAUUCAAGAUACUCAAGAUGAUCGGUUUUUCUGACCUUCUCGUUGGCCCUCUUCCAGAAGCAGCCCAUGAGGAAGAUGAUGGAGACUGGAGGCUGGAGGUAGGUGCUGAUGGACUGGAUGUAGAUGAAGAGCUGCCCACCCUGACUGGCCUGAACGACGGGAAUCCACAGCACUGACACCACGACCAGUACAAGUACAAACACCCUGCAAACAGAACAGACGGCUUCAAAAGACGAGGAAACUUCAUCUGUCUUAACUCAGUGUUAUGGUGAGUUUGACCCUAAAUUAAUUGUACUCCAGAAAAUCCCUUUAAAGUUCUGUGCGAGUUGGAUUAAGCCUGGAUUAAGGGUUAUUGUUUUAAAAUGGAUUGAUUGAAUGUGUAGUUUUAUUCCUGUGCAUCUUAAACAUGAGGCUUGUUUGAGUGCAGCAGGUCUGAGAGGAAAUAACAUCUGACACGAAGCACAAGCCUUUAACUACAGACAUCUGCAGAAAAGCACACGGCAAAGUCCAUCAGUGUUUUUAAUGAUGCUGAACUUUUAUUGACAUUAAAAUAAAACUUAAUAAAUGCUCUUUAUGAAGACUUAAACCAUGGACUGCAGAACUGUGCACAGCACAUGUGCAGAAACCAGGACCACAUGUAGGUCAGGUCAGCCUAACCGAGCUGAAAAUAACCACAUUCUGGAGACUUUUGUUGCCAAGAGUAGAGAAGCAUUCACCAAAUGCUUUCCCUGCAGAAAUCUCUGACCUUCUGUAUUAUUACCAUCAACGACUCUUUUUACUCUAUAAACAAAAUGAACUGUGCUCUUUAACCACUAAAGGAGCUGGAGGUUAUUAAGUAGAAAAAUGCUUAAAGUAAGAUUCAUCUCAUCCAACCUGCCCACGAUCAUCAGCUCCCACUCUGAGGCUCUGGUCCUGAAGCUCUUCCACAGAUCCAUGGUGAAAAUGGUGCUGGAGCUGUUAAAGAUGGAGGUCAGUGAGGACAUGAGGGCGGCGAUCAUAACCGCCAUCAUCAAACCUCUAAGCCCUGGGAGGGGAAACACGCACAGAGUCACCACAAAAAAAGAAAAAAGAGGCAGGACAGGAGGUGAAACACGGAGGGGAACGAUCCUACCUACAGGCAGCAGCUCCAUCACCAGCCGGGCGUAGGCCGUGUCUGUACAUCCAACGGAGUUCCCACAAAUCUGUUUGCACACCUCAGGGUCUGCACACGCCACAUCAUCUGCAGGAUAUCAUCACGAGUUUUUACAUCUGCUCAAACUCUUUUGAAGAGGUCACCUAAUAAUUUGACUUAAGCAUCGAUCUGAUACCUGUGUAAAGUAUCCUGCUGAUCAUGCCAGGCAGCAUGAUGACAAAGAAGGGCAGGAUCUUGAGAUAAGCAGCCAUCAGUGAACCACCUUUGGCGUGGGUUAGGUUCUUGGCAGCCAAGGAUCGCUGCACAAUCACCUGCAGAGAAUCACAACCACAGCACAGCCUUCAAGAGGCGUGAACACCUGCAGACGAGCAUUUAAAUCGAGGCGUGUAAAGCGUGAGACACACUUUUGGAUAAUUAUCGCUGAGAUAUCGAGGGUUGAAGGUGUUAUGUGAAACGCUCUUUGAGACCAUUAGGUCUUCAUGCUUGGUUGCUUAGUACAUUAUCACUAAACUUUUAAACAGCUGAAGCACAUGAGGAAGUGACACAAAACUGCAUUAUUUACUACUGCCAGCAGGGGGCAACUCAACUAGCUGCACAAAGAAGACAUUUAAAGGUGGGGUGGGCAGGAUUCCGUUAAAAAAGUGUCUUUUUUUUGUGGUGUAAAUACAAAAAAAGCUUUUAAUAUCAGUCAUAUAUAUAUAUAAUAAAAAUAAUGAAUAUAAUAACAUAGAUAUUAGUUAUUGAUGACACUUAGUAAUAUAACGAUAUCGCUGUGUUCUCUUAUGUCUGUGUAGUCAACAUGUUAACAUUUUUAAGUGGCCCUCUCUUUCUGACUGUAAACAAAGCCGUUCUCCAUCUCCCUGACCUGACUGGUUGUGAUGCGAACACUCCAAGAAUAAAGUUCAGGAGCCCGAACAAAGUUAGCGUGCUACAAUAUCGGACAGUAGAAACCAACCAGAAAGUUCGGAAAAUUGUCUGAAUCCUCCUUUGGCCACGACUGCCGACACAAGCAAGAACAUGAAGUAAAUACCAGAGACUCUGGAGGAAUAACGGGCGCUUAAAACGGAGGUAGACCAUACAAGAGCUAAAAAGCCGGGUCAACAUAAAACGAUGGGGGACGCUUGGGGAUCUUGGUGACCCUGUAACCUUUCUGCUGGACAGGUAAACCGCUUUAACAAAGUAAGCCAAGUGUCUGUAACAGAAGUGUUUCUUGUCAAACGGACCUGCUGUAGCGUGUUGUAGCGCCAUCGCUAAACUGUCCUCCCUCGGGUCCUAGACUAUGUCACUUUAUCCUCGUUGUAGAAGUCCUGCAAACAUUGUGUUUGCUGGUAGUCUGUUGGCAUCUACAGUAGCACCAAUGCUUUUGACUUUCACCUUGACUGGGCCCCAUUUGUAAUGAUCUGAAGUAUUUAUCUGAAUUAUAUCUGAAUUUAAUUGGAACGAUACGAGCGGGCAGGAGCGUCUGUUUGUGGGCGGGGCUUGCUGGAGCAGAGAGGGAGGGGAGAGGAGGACAUUCAAGAUGUCUCCCAAAAACUGGCACUUCCUCAGAUCCUGCCUACCCCACCUUUAAUCAAGUCUUGCACCUCUCAAGCUACCAAGUCCAGUUUUCAACCCUCCAGUCCCCAACAAACUGAGCGUCUUUACCUGAUCUGAACACCAGUACCACAUGGAGGGGAUGGACAUGCCGAUGAUGAUCCCCGGCCAGGGCAGGUCAGAGGUCAGCGGGUCUCUGAAGAGUUGGAAGGAGUCGGCUCUGGGGAUGCCGCAGGUUGAGUUCGGCACACGGAUCGAAGGGAUGGCCUCAAAGUACCCCUCCAUCAGAGCGUUCCAGCCGCCCACCUCUGCGAAACCUUAACAUGGGAACAUGAGGGUCUCAUCGACUGGAUUAUAAACAGCUGAUGAUGAUGAGAGGGUGUCGUGGUUCGACUUACUGAAGCCUGUGAGAGCGAGCGAUCCGGCUAACAUGAUGACUGUUUGAGCAGCAUCUGUGUAGAUCACCGCAGCCAGACCCCCUGAAGAAAAACACCGACAGGAGAAUAAACACCGCGCUCGGAUUUGUCAGUGACUGGAACAUUUGAAUCCAAAGGUAAGAAAGAGAAAAAGUCACCGGCUACAGUGUAGAUAGCUGUGAUUGACAGGAGCAAGAUCACAGCCAGGUAGAUGUUCCACUUCAAAGCAAGCUGAAUGAACAGAGCACCUGCAUACAUGUCCACCUACACAGAAACACACAGAGAAAGCAGAUGAGAGAGCAUGCAAAACACACUCAUCUGGAUAGACAAAAAAGAGAGUGGAAGCAGGUUUGUGUCGUACCGAUAUCUUUGUGAAAAUGUAGAUAAACAAAGACAGGACGGUUAUAAAUAACUGUAUUCUUCUGCCGCCAAACCGCCUCUGCAGAUACUCUGGCAUGGUCGUAACCUGGAGGAUCCAAGGAGAGGGUUUGUAAAGAGAUAAAUGACUCGAUUGGGCAGGUGCACAUGUGCGAUAUUUCAGGUUUUGAAGCUUUACCCCAGAGGCGAUGUAAAUGGGUAAGAAGAGCCACCCCAGUAGAAGCACCAUCAGCAUACCCUGCAGACGACCAAAUAUCAUACAGACACUUUAAAAUAAAGACUUUUCUAAUCAGACUUCACAGUAUCUUUAUAAUUUCUUACAUUCCACUCAUAUGCAAUCGCUCCAAUUCCCGCUGCAGCUCCUGAC